AUUUGUUGAAAAGCACUCAUGUAUAUGAUGAAUUUUUAACGAUUAUUACUUGAAUGGAUUUUUGAUGGGACUUAAGGACUAAGACUUCUUUUGAAAGGUACAUCUACAGUUCUCAGUCGAAUUUAUCUAGUCGAAUAUUUGGUAACGCCAUAGUUCAAGAAAAAUUUUCUUUCUCUUGCCGUGUGACCCCAGCGCCGGUCGACUGGUUGGGUGAAUUUCCUCAACUGAGUGGCUGCAAAUAGCUGCGAAAAGGACCCAGCCAUGAUUCGCUCCCUGUGGGACACCGCCCGCUCCAGCCCCUUCCCGACCGUGGCCCAGUGUGAGCCUAGCGCUCCCAGCCAGCAGCCUCAGCAGCAGCUGGUGCACGGGCGCAACAUUGCCGCCUUCAGCACAGCAGAGCCCGAGUACAGCUGCGAGUAUGGCUCGCCCAAGUUCUUCGCCAUCGCCGGCUUCGGCGGUAUCCUGUCGUGCGGUAUCACGCAUACGGCCAUCGUGCCGCUCGACCUGGUCAAGUGCCGUCUGCAGACCAACGCCGACAAGUACAAGGGCAUCUUCAACGGAUUCAAGGUGACCGUGAAAGAGGAGGGAGUGCGAGGCCUGGCGCGCGGCUGGGCGCCCACCCUCAUCGGCUACUCGAUGCAGGGCCUGUGCAAGUUCGGCUUCUACGAGCUGUUCAAGCACGUCUACUCCAACGUCCUGGGCGAGGAGAAGGCCUACCUGUGGCGCACCUCGCUCUACCUGGCCGCCUCGGCGUCGGCCGAGUUCUUCGCCGACAUCGCGCUGGCGCCCAUGGAGGCCCUCAAGGUGCGGAUCCAGACCAUGCCGGGCUUCCCAGCGACGCUGCGCGCCGGCUUCCCGAUCAUCAUGCAGCAGGAGGGCUGGUGGGGCUUCUACAAGGGCGUGGCGCCGCUCUGGGCCCGUCAGAUCCCCUACACCAUGAUGAAAUUCGCCUGCUUCGAGCGCACCGUUGAGGCACUCUACCAGUACGUGGUGCCCAAGCCGCGCGCUGAGUGCUCCAAGGGCGAGCAGCUGGUGGUGACAUUCGCCGCCGGCUACAUCGCCGGCGUGUUCUGCGCCAUCGUCUCCCACCCGGCUGACACUGUCGUCAGCAAGCUCAACAUGGCCAAGGGCUCGUCGGCCCUCGACGUCGCCAAGAGCCUGGGCUUCAUGGGCAUGUGGAAGGGCCUGACGGCGCGUAUCAUCAUGAUCGGCACACUGACGGCGCUGCAGUGGUUCAUCUACGACGGCGUGAAGGUGGCGCUGCGCGUGCCGCGGCCGCCGCCGCCCUCCAUGCCCGAGUCGCUGCGGCUCAAGCUGGAGGCCAAGCAGCAGUAGAGCGCGGUCGGAUGACGUCCGUGUGUGUGAUGGAAUGCCCGCUGUACAUACAGAGCGUUAGGUAACUAGACGGUGGCCGGGCGCGGGGUCGCAUCGGCCCGCCCCGCAAUAUAUACACAGCCGAACGGCUGACCACACCA